GCAUACAAACAACAACUCUGAGAGUCAGUCUAUAUUACUAGGUAUAUAAUAUUAUUUAUAAUGCUAGUAAAGUAAUUUAUUCUACUAUUAGUAAAUAAUAGUUAUUAAUAUUUAAUAUAUUAUAAUAUGUCUAUGUGAAUAAUUCAAUUAAAAUCAUUGCGUACAUAUUUUGUUAAAUAUACAUUAUUUUUAUUUAUUUAGGAUAAUCGAGUAUGUAACUAGGGUCCCGAAUGUGUUCCCGAAAUGAAUAACUCGAUAAUCUUAGUUCUUUUAUUUAAUUACUUAAACUCAAAAGGUUCAUAUAACCUUUUGUUAACUUUUAAAAUAUGCCAAUUUAUGCAUACUGACUUCAUGUCAUCUCCCUUAAGUUAAUAGUUUUUAUUAAUUCUUGAAUCUAAAAUAAACAUAAUCUGUAUUAAUUCUGUAUCUUCCAUCGCAUACUAUUAUUAAUAUUAUUAUUAUAUUUUUUUUUAUCUUUUCUGUAUUUUUACAUAAUUGAUAUAAUUUUAUUGAUUUUAUUUUUGAUACAAUAUAAUAAAAAAUACAUUUUGUUCUAUUUUCUACUUCAGCUCAUCUGUAUCACACACUAGUCCACGAGCUUCUAAUAAAUUUAACAUCCUACUACUUUUUCUAAUUUUCCCUAUAUGACCUGAAUAUGUUAUUUCCAUAUUUUCUAGAUUAACCAAUUUUAAAUUAAAUUUGUUAUUGUUCCUAUCACCAUAUGCUGUUAUAUUUAAAUAUGCCAAUAUUCCCCUUAACCUUAAACGCUUAAUAAUAUUGUUAUGCCCAUUGAUCCGUUCCAAAAUACUAUUAUUAGAUCUCUAUUUAUGGUGUGCAAGUAUUUCUGAAGGUAUAUCGUACACAAGGUUGAUGGUUUAUACUGUUGUACUAACUACAAAUGUACAAUUUUCCCAACAAAGGUUCCAUCAAGUCUCGUUUGUGAUGAAAUAUUCUUCUGAUUACUUGCACUACUUUAUCCAAGUCACAGCGCCUGAUCCUUCUCAACUUAUCAUCAUGCGUAAGUACGAGAGGAAACCCCUCCAGUUUUACUGGUUUAUAUUUUUCCGAACUGUUAGAAAUGGCCCUCGACACCAAUAAUAUCUCUGAUUAAUUGCUCAUAUUGAAUUCAAAAUCCACUACGAAGAAACGGACAUGAUAACUAAAAUAUGAAAUUACAUUAUUUAAUAUAUGAUUUUUGCCGCGGUCGCGUUAAUUUCCACUUUUCAUGGUGUUCGUGGACUCGACAACGGAUUGGCUUUAACACCACCGAUGGGAUGGCUCGCGUGGGCGAGAUACAGGUGUAUCAUUGACUGUGAAAAGUAUCCCGAUGAAUGUAUCAGCGAGAAGCUGUUUAUGAGAGCGGCGGAUUUGCUGGUCAGCGAAGGCUACGCAGACUUAGGUUACGAAUACGUAAUUGUGGACGACUGUUGGUUGGCCACGAAUCGAUCAGCAGACGGUAUGUUAGAAGCCGACAAGAAAAGAUUCCCAAGCGGCAUCAAAGCUCUGUCAAACUACAUACACUCGAAAGGACUGAAGUUCGGUUUGUACCAAGACUUGGGCUCGAAAACGUGCGCUGGUUUUCCUGGUGUGUUGGGCAACGAGGCGAAGGAUGCAAAGCGAUUCGCGGAGUGGAAAGUCGAUUACGUAAAACUUGAUGGAUGCUUUUCGGACGUCAGGGACAUGGACAAAGGUUACGUUGAAUUCGGAAAACACCUGAACAACACUGGGAGGCCCAUGGUUUACUCGUGCAGCUGGCCAGCGUACCAAGAAUUCAAAGGCAUGAGGAUCGAUUACGCUUCAAUAGCUGAACACUGUAACCUGUGGCGCAAUUACGGAGACAUUGACGACUCGUGGAGCUCCGUUAUGGACAUCGCCGAUUAUUUUGCCACGAAACAAGAGUUCUGGGCUCAGUACGCGGGACCCGGACAUUGGAAUGAUCCAGACACGCUCUUGAUCGGAAACUUCGGCCUGUCGUUCGAUCAAAGUAAAUCGCAAAUGGCCAUUUGGGCCGUGUUGGCCGCGCCCUUGCUCAUGUCCACCAAGUUAUCUGCCGUACGUCCGGAGUUCAAAGAAAUCUUGCAGAACAAAGAAAUCAUCAAGAUCAGUCAAGACACUAUUGGCGUGCAAGGCACUAGAAUAUUCAGGGAUGAGGAUAUUGACAUUUGGAGCAGACCGGUAAGACCUGUUUACAGCGGAUUUUGUUCUUGUGCGGUAGCGUUCGUUAGUCGUCGCGCGGAUGGUGCUCCUCACGCGUACAAAAUUACAGUGGAACACUUGGGGCUAUUAAAUCCAAACGGUUACACAAUAAAGAAUUUAUACGGUGGGAAAUACGCAAACAAUAUCAAUAAUCAAUAUGUCUUGCUAAAAUCUGUAGUUCGUGUUCGAGUUAAUCCGUCAGGAGUUGUGUUCCUGCGAUUCGACGUUAACAAGUCGAAGGAAGGAAAUGUAACUGCACUCAACCACGCGGUAGAAUUUACAUGAAUUCAGUAUCGUACCUAUGGCUAUCACCUAUUAUCACGAUAGAUAAUAAUAUUAUAAGUUGUUCAUAAUAUAUUGUUGUACUUUCAAACUUUUAGAAAUAGUUUACAAAUAUGGUCAGGAUCAACUAUUAAACGUGUAAUUUAAUAUAUUUAAUAUUUAUAAUAAUUUUACAUGAUAUUUCAGCUUAUUAUAUUUCAGCUGUGUGGCUACAAAAAUUAAAUUCACUAUAAAUUGCAAUUUUCAACUCAUGGCAGUCAGCUGAUCUGAUUUAUUUAUCGUAGCUUGUAGGCAGUGGUCUGUAAUUGGGCAAUAGACAUUCUAUAAAUUAUAAAUAUGUAUACUAAUGUCUUAUAAUAAAAUUUAUCUAAUAAUUUUAAAUACUUGCCUAAUUUUGUUUUUAAUAGCAUUGAUUAAAUAAAAUACUAGUA